CUCUUCUUCAACGCGCCAUCUGCGAGCACUGUUCUAUCUCCUACCUCGCCGGCUACUUACCUUGAUUAAUAUAGUCUGAUCAAACACUCUUGCUAACUGAGUCUCGCGAUGUCUCACCUACGGCCUCCUUGUCGCGUCCUCUUUCGAAUCGCCGCCACCGCCGCCGGCGGUUCCUUCUCCCCUACCUCGACAACCGAGGCUGGGGAGUGGCAGAAGGCCCUCGGAUUCACGCUCCAGAGGAUGAAAACCCAGAUUUACUAUGUUAUCUUUCUUAUUGCUCUACGAGAAGCUUCCCGGGUUGGAUUAUGGCAGAUGGUGUAUGCUGGCAAGCAUGGCUAUCCGCCGCCCAGGGAGGAUGACUACGGUAUUGCCUACACGGCUGGAUCCAUCAUCAGCUGGUUCUUCGUCUGUGUUUUCACGAUAAUCUGGAUGCCGCUUUUUGAUUGGUGGCUUCCACGUUCCCAACCUUCCAUUGCCAUAACAACCAGGUGGCUACUUGAGGCCGGCAAUUCGAUACUUCUUCCUCUUUCCAUUUGGGCCUGUCUAUUGACAUACACCUGGUUGGUAUGGCGCAUCUUCAUCUUCGUCGGCUCUCGGACGCGAGAUUCCACGAAACGGUCCCGCAACACACACCAAAGCUGGCUUGUUCGUGCUUUUGUGCUUCUGAGUAUUCUCAUCACCAUAGGCCUGGGAUAUGGUGCAUUACAGAUUCUCGAGAAAUCAGACCUUGCCCGGGUGAAGGACGCGGAGAUUUUCCGCAUCGUCGUACCUGUGCUGAUUUACCUUGGUGUCCAGCUGGCGAUAGGGUUACUAUUUCGCGGACGGAAGGAACCUGCGGGCAAGCGGGCGGCGCAAUUACGGCCUGUCGGAAUUGAGGUUGGCGCCGAGGAAGGAAAAGAGACGUUGCUAGAGGUAUAGGUGGCUCCUCUCGGAAAGACUGGCUCCGAGUAAGGCGGCUGUCUCGAGUAAAUGGACUUGGAGAAAAGGGAGAAAUAGGGGAAGAGGGGGGACGG